AUGCUACCUAAGAGAUUAUUUAGAGUAGUUUUUUAUACAUUAUUCUUUUUAUCAUUUGCUUAUGUCUUAUUAUUAUUUGCAAAUAAACAUCAAAUAAUUGAAAUAAAUAAAUUUAUACCAUAUGGAUUAUUUUCAUCAACUGCUCCAUCAUUUUUUCAACCACCAUCAGAUCUGUUUAUCGUGGAUUUUUCAAUAAAUAAAUGUUAUUUUUACAAUUAUAAUAACCCGAAUUGUGGGAAACCUGAACCACAAGAUGGUAAAUUUGGUGAUUUAACUUCUUUUGAAGGUGGUUGGGUUAGAUUGAAAAAAGAUUUAUGUCUUGGUAAAUGUUGGACUAAUAAAGAAUUUUUUGCUGUAAAAAAGAUAAAUCAUGAUAAAUAUCAAAAUCUAAUUAAUGAGAAAAAUUUGAAAGAUGAAGUUAUAGUUGAUAUUGCUAUUGCAAAUCCUGAAAUUGAUUUGAAUAUAAAAGGAAAUGAAAAAUUAAAAUUACCUCGUUAUAUAAUUGAAAGUUAUCAUAAUCUGCAACAAUUUGAUGAUUCUGUUCAUGCUAAUUUAAUUGAUCAAGAUAAUAUCGACAAAACAAAUGGAAAAAGACUGAAAGUGAAUGACAGAGAUGAUUUAAAUAGAAUGUUAUACGUGCCAACAAUUAAAGAAUUAGUUAAAAUUGGUUGGGAAUAUAAAUCAAAUGGAAUCUGGGUAAGAUAUGGUAAACAUGAUGUUGAAACUUCUAUAAAUGCCAUAGAUUUCUUAUUUGGUCCAGAAGCUAUUGAACCUAGACCAAAUUGGAAUUUAAUUAACAGUCCAAUAAAAGGUAUAUCAUCACCAUUUGGAUUAUCAGCUUAUAUAACCUAUCGUCGCGGACCAAAAUUAGAUUAUAAAAAAGAAUACAAUAAACCUUUAAAAAUGGGAGAUAAUGAUGAAUUUAAAAUUUUACAAGUUGCUGAUUUACAUUUUUCAACAGAUUAUGGACAGUGUUAUAAUCCUGAACCUCCAAAAUCUGCUAUCGGUUGUAAAGCAGAUUCAAGAACUUUAAAGUUUAUAAAUAAAAUAUUAGAUUUAGAAAAACCAGAUUUAGUUGUUUUGACUGGUGAUCAAAUUUUCGGAUUAACUGCCCCUGAUUCAGAAACUGCUGCUUUUAAAGCUUUAGCACCAUUUGUUGAAAGAAAAAUUCCAUUUGCUAUAGUCUUGGGAAAUCAUGAUGCUGAAGGUUCUUUAAGUGCUCAAGAAUUAAUGGGAUUAUAUUCGGAUUUACCUUAUAGUGUAUCAGCAGUUGGACCAGUUGAUGUAGAUGGAUUUGGUAAUUAUUUAUUAACAGUUCAAGGUAAAUCAUCAUCUUCAGUUGCUUUAGCAUUUUAUUUUGUUGAUUCUCAUGCAAAUAGUCCAAAUCAAAAAGUUCAUCCUGGUUAUGAUUGGAUAAAAGAAAAUCAAUUAAUUUAUAUGAAAGAAGAAGCAGCCUCAAUUAAAGAUGAUAUCAAAGUAUUUGAAAAAGAAAUUUUUACUGAUCCUGAUACUGGAUUAAGUAGAACAAGAACUCAUUUAUCAAUGGCAUUUUUCCAUAUCCCAAUCCCAGAGUUUAAAAAUGUAAAUAAACAAAAAUAUGUUGGUGAACAUAGAGAAGGAGUAACUGCUCCUGGUUAUAACUCAGGUGCAAGAGAUGUAUUCCAAGAGAUUGGUGUCAAAGCAAUUGGAGUUGGUCAUGAUCAUUGUAAUGAUUUUUGUUUAUUAGAUGAGAACCAAACAACUGAUGAAGAAAACAAGAUAUGGCUUUGUUACGGUGGAGGUGUUGGAAUUGGAGGCUAUGGUGGUUAUGGAGGUUAUCAAAGACGUAUGAGAAUUUUCAAUUUGAAUACUGCAAAAGGAGAGAUUAAAACUUGGAAAAGAACUGAGGACAAGCCUGAUACAAUUAUAGAUGAACAAGUUAUUGUGACUAGUGGUAAGAUUGUAAAUUGGUAA